UCAGACCCACAAUGCACAGGGGCAAGGGUUAAAUCAGACCCGCAAAGCUCUCCAGCUUCAACAGACUAACUUCUGUUUUAUACAGCACAAUGUCUUCUUUGACCAGCUGUUCUUCCUCUCGCUCAUCCUCAUCCUCAUUUCGUUCGUCAGCGAGGUACAGCUGCAGCAGCGUCACAUCAGUCCAGACAGAAGCUUCCUCUCCUCCUCCAGAUCCCCUCUUCGUUCCUUUUCUGGAUCAGAGAGCGACUGUGCUUUUUGGGGGUAACAGAGGGGACUCAGAGUCAUUCAUUAGUGAGAGAGAAACUUUCGGAAGUUGCCAGGGAGACAAGAAAUCCCACACAGAGGGUUACCAAGGUGACUGGAGCCAUGGAGACACACACGUCAGUACUGGAGCGAUCUGGGUGGAUGAUCAUUAUUACACUUCAGCUGACGUCAGUCGAUUUGAGCCACAUGACAUAGUGGUGAUGGCUUUCAACAGCAGCAUCGUUAUUCAUGCUGAGAAGGUUGGAGAUGAUGGCAGUGUCAUGGACAAAUUUACCCACAAGUCUUUGCUGCCAGAGGACAUGGACCCUCUGUCUGUUAGCGGGACACUGACGCCAGAGGGCGUGCUCGUGAUCAGUGUGAAAAGCAUGUCCAGAUCCUCCUCACAUCCCUGAACCUGUCCUUCUGACCUUUCAAUUCACCUCUUCUAACUUCUAAACUCUGACCUCUGGCAAUAAAAACCACCCACAAAAGGCAAAUGCAGCGCAACACACUGAUGAGAAAUGUUUGAAUGAACCUGGAGUAUUACUACUGUAUAUUAGCACAGCUAGCAUUGGCACAGUCAAAAUGUAUCUAUACUACUUAGACUUUAAUAUCUAUGAGAAGGCAUUUAACACAUUAUUAAUUUAGCAUAGGCUAGUUUUCAGUUGCCUUUAACACUUAGCAUGCAAUAACUUUCUAUUUUUUUUGUCGGUUUGUUUUAUCAAAUUAGCUGCAUGUAUUGAACCUUUAGCAAGUUCUUCAUUAGUGUUGUUAGAUGUUUGCUAAUUCGCGACUCGCUAAUUUCCCAACUUCUUAAUUUUAAAAGUUAAUGUAACCUCAAAUUUACAUUAAUUAUCUGAAGUAAACUUUACAAAAACAUGCAAACAAUGCUAAGUUAUGGACUGAAGCUAGCCGAUAUAAGUUAGCUCACUUAGCACAGAUAAAAGUAUGCAAAUAAAGUGAUCCUUUGUAAAUUCAGAUACUGGAUUUAUUUUAUUGUGCAGUUUCAGUUUUACCUAAAACUGAUUAAUCAAUAUGCUAACAAUACUAGUGAUGGAUAUUAGCUAGCAGCGAGCAAGUAAGUGGAGUUAGCGUAAGCAGCACGUUGGAAAUGAAGUGUUUAACCACAGAUAGUAAAGCCAUCAUUCAUCAUUUCAUGCUGUUUACUAGUGCAUAACAUACAAUUUAAUGUUUUCUACAUUUAUACAAUAAAUAAAUCAAAAAAUAUUAAAUAAAUAUAAAUACUAUUGUAUUGUGUGUUUCUGUAAAAGUUUUUAAUGGAACAGCACCCAAAGAUACUUAAACACAGGACAUUCUGUAUUAUAGCAUUGUGUGUGUGUGUGUGUGUGUGUAUUUGUUGACAGUUAUCUUCUAGAUGUUAAUUGACCUGACACACGUUUUAUGAACACAAAAACUAAAUCUCACGCUCGUCACAGCUCAUAAACCCCAUGCAGCUCAACAUCAUGGCUUCAAACAUAAAAUAUUUCCGCCGUCAUUUUUAAUCUUAAACAAUGUUAACAUCAAAGUCUAAAGAAAUUCAUGCUAAAUUGUGAUUGGUCAGAAGGUGUUGAUGAAUUUUCUGUAACGGCAGCUGUGACAGUAACUGUCUUGAUACAAGAUGGCGGCUUGAAAAAAACAUGCAGUGGCCAAUCCAUAAUGGUGCCUUUUUUGUCUUUAGAGAAUGGCAUUCAUGUCUUUAAUCGCCAGACAGAACUGCUCUGUCUGCUCUCUGUGUCUUGCAGUGUCUUGUAGUGUAUUGUAGUGUAUUGUAGUGUAUUGUACUUUCUUGUCCUGUAUUGUAUUGUAGUGUAUUGUCUUGUAUUGUACUGUCUUGUUCUGUCUUCUAGUGCAUUGUCCUGCCUAGAAGUGUAUUGUCCUGUAUUCUAGUGUCCUGUCUUCUAGUGUCUUGUUCUGUAUUUUCCUGUCUUCUAGUGCAGGGCUAUUCAAUUAGUUUGUUAUUUGGGCCAGUUCAUGAAAAACAUUCCAAAUGAGGUGGGUAAAAGGGUUAAUGAGGUUUCAGAGAAUUUCCAAUAUAAUGUGUCUUGCAGUGUAUUGUACUGCCUUGUCCUGCAUUGUAAUGUAUUGUCCUGUCUUCUAAUGUAUUGUCUUGCCUUCUAGCGUAUUGUCCUGUCUUUUAGUGUAUUGUUCUAACUUGUAGUGUAUUGUCUUGUAAUGUAGUGUAUUGUCCUGUAUUGUAGAUUCUUGUCUUGUCCUGUCUUCUAGUAUCUUGUCCUGGGAUGUAACGUAUUGUCCUUCCUUGUAGUGUAUUGUCCUGUAUUGUAGUGUCUUGUCCUGUCUUCUAGUGUCUUGCCCUAACUUGUAGUGUAUUGUCCUGUAUUGUAGAUUCUUGUCUUGUCCUGUCUUCUAGUAUCUUGUCCUGGGAUGUAACGUAUUGUCCUUCCUUGUAGUGUAUUGUCCUGUCCUGUCUUCUAGUGUCUUGUCCUGUCUUCUAGUGUAUUGCCCUAACUUGUAGUGUAUUGUCCUGUAUUGUAGAGUCUUAUCUUGUCCUGGCUUGUAACGUAUUGUCCUUCCGUGUAGUGUAUUGUCCUGUAUUGUAGUUGUUUUUCUGUAUUGUCCUGCUUUGUAGUGUAUUGUCCUGCAUUUUAGUUGUGAUUUCCUGUAUUGUAUUUUAUUGUAUUGCCCUGUCUUGUAAUGCAGGGCUAUUCAAUUAGUUUGUUAUUUGGGCCAGUUCAUGGAAAACAUUCCAAAUGAGGUGCCAGAGAGAUCUAGCUUACAAUGUGAGUGAUGACAGAACAACAAUAUAGGAGCCCAUAUUUUUGCUCUAUAAGACACCCAAGUAAGCUGUUUUCCUACAUUUAAACAUGAUUGUGUUGUAUUUUGAAACAUCAUCAAUACAUAGUAAGAUGCCCAAGAAGGCAUCUACAUUUUCUACAUUCAAAUGGGUAAAUCAGAGAGCCAUAUCACACUCAUUCAUCACAGAAUUUAACUCAUUUAACUGAGACUUAAGUGCACAUAAAAAAGUCACAAUAUGCAAAAUAACCUUGUUUCAUGGUAUUUUUGUCAAAAUAAUUUAUGUCUAUUUAAACUACAACAGCCAUCUAAAUAACUGGAAAACAUUUAAGCUGCCUUCUAACGAGAGAUAUAUAUUUUUUCCUUAGAUUUUGCAAAAGCAGUGAAAUCGGGUGUAUAUGUUGUCAGCACAAUACACACACACAGUGGUGCUGGGCUGUGAGGGAUGUGUGAUUACUCGUUUUAAUGACA